AUGGAUCAUGAGAAGAAGAAAGAUGUGGAUAAGAUGGACGAUGUCAUUCUUCCCGGAUUCAGAUUUCACCCUACAGAUGAAGAGCUCGUUGGAUUCUACCUGAUUAGGAAGAUUCAACAACGACCUCUUUCAAUUGAGCUGAUUAAGCAAGCUGAUAUCUACAAAUAUGAUCCAUGGGAUCUACCAAAAUUGGCAUCUAAUGGAGAGAAAGAAUGGUAUUUCUACUGCCCAAGAGACCGUAAAUACAGAAACAGUGCGAGGCCUAACCGUGUGACUGGAGCCGGUUUCUGGAAGGCAACAGGUACUGACCGGCCUAUAUACUCCUCUAAUGGAACCAAAUGCAUCGGUUUGAAGAAGUCCCUAGUCUUCUACAGGGGAAAGGCUGCCAAAGGAAUUAAAACUGAUUGGAUGAUGCAUGAAUUCCGCCUUCCUUCUAUUUCUGAUUCCAUGACACCAACCAAGAAGCUGUUUCAUGUCAAAAACAUUCCUGCAAAUGAUGCAUGGGCAAUAUGCAAGAUAUUCAAGAAAGCAACCACUAUGGCACAAAGAGUCCUCGCUCAAGGAUCCAAUUUAUUCAACCAAAACGUUUUUCCUGCACAUUUUAGCCCCGAAAAUAUAUCAUCUUGCUCAAACGAUAUCACUGGCGCAUCCAUCAAUUCAACCAGCAAUGAUUUAAACAUAAAUUUCCAUGAUUUGGACAUCCCAUUAUAUCAACCAAUCUAUCCUACACAGAAUGAAGACCUAUCCGCUUGCUUCACAUCAUUUCCACCAAAUGAAAUGCUAGGGUUUACAGCUAAAACCGCAUCAUCAGAUGUCACUUCCCUGCUUAACAAGAGUUUUCAGCAUGAUAAUAGUGUAUUUGAUGGGGCAGAACAAAGUAUGAAUGGCUACUACAGUAUGAAUUUUUCCCAAGAUGAUACUGAAGGGAAUGUCUGGGGAGGAGAAGAAGUAAGAAAGAGCUUAAACAUGGAUAAUAAUCAUCAUUUGGUUAAUAAUGUUCGAUCAAUUAGAUUUCCCUUCAGUUUGCCUCCUAGCGAACAAACAGAUGGUUGGAAAUCAAAGCUUUCGUGGUAAUCUCGUCAAUAAUCAGAGCAAUGAUACAUGUGGGAGGAGGAGUUUCCAUUUCAUUAAGGAUUUUGAACAAUUUAGCAUUCUCACUGUACAGUGUUCAAUGUAUCGAUUGAAAUUAUUCUAUGUUAACAAAAUCAUCAGCUACAUACAUAUCCCGAUUUUUACAAUUAGAAAGGAUUCCAUUU